CGCUGGCAGGGGACUAAGAUAUUUCAUUUAAUUACCGUCUGCUGAUAUCAAUGGGUAAAAACACCGAACGUCCAGGCAGCGCUCUGUUAUACUGUCAUAUACCGCAUAUGUUGGUUCCGUUAUAGAAAGUCACGGUGCACUGCAUUUUCUUUUAUAAAAUUACGGUAUUGCGACAUUAUUAUUUUUUCCAAUAAAAUGCAACAAUGCACGCUCGCAGUUGGCGUUGCUCGCGCCUGUGGAACUUGAAACGAAAUGGACAAAAAGAUGGCAACGUCCAGAAACAAGUAAAACGCUGAGAUUUCAUGGGGAAAUGGACCUGGUUCUGCAAAGCACACCUCGGCAUGGAGAUUCAGCCUAGCGAUGCGCACACCUUGCUCAGCGGCACGGCCACCGACAGGCGCCAGUUAACAUUUAAGCAACUGAGGAUUAACGCCACUUACGCUCUCUCACAAGCUUGACAAGCAGUCAGCUUGUCACGGUUCUGCCCCAAUCCUGCAUUAUGGGUUUGGCUGCUAUUCUCCAAUUACCUUCACCUAAAGGCGGGGACACGUCCGCCUGGGUUUGCCGAUGAGAAAGGGCAGGCAGCUCCCCUCCUGCCGCUGACGUUUGGAGAGGAGGAGGCGGUGUGGGUCAGCCGAUCGAGCUGAGGAUCCUGAAAGCAGAAAUUACUGGGAAUCAAAGGCACAACCACGCGUUAAAUUAAACCCACAGGCUUGCGCUUGACUGGCCGUCCGCAGUACUUAAUAGCUGAUAUUCGAGAAGAACAACUUGUGGCGUUAAAAGAAGUUAAAUAAAGAAGAUAAAGAUACGCGGGAGCUGCGGCGGCGGCGGCGGACCGCACCUCGCUUAUCGCCGCACACUGGCGCUGCACAUGUGUGUGAUCUCUUCGGGGAUGAGCGCUGCGUGUGCAUGCGGGUUCCGUGCACCCCCGCCCCCCCACCGUGAGCAGAGGGACCGAAACGCAGCAAGCAGGCUGCUUUAACCGCUUGUUCCCUUUCUCCAAACGCUCUGAGCUGUGCGGUGCAUGAUGCCAUUAAAUGUAACGUUUGGCCAAAUUCACGUCGUGCAUCCGAAACUUGAAAGGAAGGACCUGUUUGCGGGGACCACAAGGCUACCUAGCAGAAAAUUCGGUCCAUACGGGGAAAUCUGAAGCGGUUCUGGACGUAGUUGUAGCGCUGCGUAUGUCUAACUGACCACUUGUUUCUGCCCCUCUCCUGUACUCCAACAUGCGCUGGGCCACGCCGCACUGCAAUGUCUCGCGUCUGGCGCUCCUUCUCUGUCUGAGGAGGGGAUUUGAACCAGAAACCAUCUGGUGGCAGCCACAGAGGCCUAAUCCGUCGAGCCACACACCACCCCUUUAUAAUGCUUCUAAGAAGGUAACUACACCUAUGCGGCUGUGAGGGAUUGGCUGAAAUGCGCGUGACUUUGCCAUCCAUCCUGGGGAGGAUUUGUAACACGGCUGCACCUCGGCUCUGAGCUGCUGCCAUGACCACAGAAGUGAGCGUCACGGGUGAAGCGGAGAGCCAGCAGCAGGCCGAUCAGACUGACGCCGACCAGCAGGGGCAGAAGGGUCCCCGCCCACAGGAGCCUCGUGCCCCCCCCGAGGACCCGGCCCCCAAAUCCAGUCGUGGCCUCCCACGGCUCCUUUCCUCCUUCCUGAAGCGUCGCUCUCAGUACACUGAGCAAGAGAGGGAGCCUGAGCGAGAGCUAGAGGGAAGGCCGGUCCCAGAGGACCCCUCCAAGGCCCCCAUCGCGGACCCAGAGCCUGAGCUGCGUGCAGUGAUUGACACCGCCCUUGACCUACACUCGCUCAGCAGCGCAGAGACCCAGCCUGCCCAGGAGGACAGGAGGGACGCCUGCUCACACAAGGAGGAGGAGGAAGAGCAGGAGGAAGGCAGAGAAGACGCGAGAAAAGGGCUGAAGCCAAGCGGGAGAGAGCAGGAGCCGGGCGGGCAGGAGCUCGCGGUCCAAGAAGAAGUGAAGGCCCCAAGAGAGACUGAGGCCCCCGAAGGGCCCAAGGCCCCCAGAGCCCCUCGGCAGCCCCGCAGCAUGCACUGCCGAGUCACACUGCUGGACGACACUCUGUAUGAGUGCGACCUGGAUAAACAUGCCAAAGGCCAGGAGCUGUUGACCAAGGUGUGCGAGCACCUCAACCUGCUGGAGAGGGACUACUUUGGCCUGGCCACCUGGGAGACGGCCACCCUGAAGACCUGGCUAGACUUCACCAAGGAGAUUCGCAAGCAGGUGCAAGGAUCCAGCUACGACUUCACUUUCAAUGUGAAGUUCUACCCACCAGAUCCGGCUCAGCUGACAGAAGACAUCACCAGGUACCAGCUCUGCCUGCAGCUGCGUAAGGACAUCCUGAGUGGUAGUCUUCCGUGCUCCUUUGCCACGCUGGCCCUUCUGGGCUCCUACGCCGUCCAAUCAGAGCUGGGAGAGCACGACCCGGACCUCCAUGGCGCAGACUACGUCAGCCAGCUACGCCUGGCCCCCGGCCAGAGCAGGGACCUGGAGGAGAAGAUCACGGAGCUGCACCGUAGCUACAGGUCCAUGAGUCCGGCCCAGGCGGACAUGAUGUUCCUGGAGAAUGCCAAGAAGCUCUCCAUGUAUGGAGUGGACCUUCACCAAGCCAAGGACCUGGAAGGGGUGGACAUCAUGUUAGGUGUGUGCUCCAGUGGCCUCAUGGUCUACAAGGACAAGCUGCGCAUCAACCGCUUCCCCUGGCCCAAGGUCUUGAAGAUCUCCUACAAGCGCAGUAGUUUCUUCAUCAAGGUCCGCGCAUCAGAGCAAGAACAGUACGAGAGCAUGAUUGGAUUUAAGCUGCCCAACUACAGAGCCUCGAAGAAGCUCUGGAAGGUGUGUGUGGAGCACCACACCUUCUUCAGGCUGACCUCAGUGGAGGCCACCACACCUAGGAAGUUCCUGGCACUGGGAUCGAAGUUCCGCUACAGUGGCCGCACCCAGGUUCAGACGCGUCAAGCCAGCUCCUUGAUCAACAGACCCGCCCCCCAAUUCCAGCGAUCAGCUAGCAAGAGGGUGUCGCGGAGCCUAGAUGGAGAGGAAAUUGAGUCUGAGCAGGGUACAUCACUGCAGCUUGCACAAGAUGAGCCAGAAGCCCCUCCCUCCGAGCCCAUUCCGCUUGCCCCACCCUCACAGACCCCCACCCAGCUGGUCACGGAGUCCAGCUCACACCAGCCACACCCGUGGACCGAUGAAUGGUUUGCGUUGUUGAGCCAAGGUGCAGCACUACGACCCUCAGACUUCUCAGCGAUGUGGCAGGAUGACUGGUUUGCAAUGCUGGACCCUCCCCGUCCUGAGUCAAUACUGCCCCCCCUUCCAAAAGCUGAACGUGACUCCAGCUCUCUGAGGUCUGGGAUGGACACCUUGCAGCGAUCCCUGAUGGAGAGCGAGGCAGACGGCUCACAGCUCACCCUCCAGGCAGAGGUGCAGGUUGAGGAAUCAGGACUGAAACGGCAGGUAAACGCACUGAUCAACAGCAUGCAAUUCCUGGAGAAAGAAGAAGCUGAUGGGUUUGUGGUGGUACACCGCACCCCCACAGAACCCAUAAUUACACCUUCAGUUAAGCUGAUGGGAAGCACUCCAGAGUAUUCAGCUGUAAGUUCUUGGCUGGUCGUGGAAACAACAGAGCAGAAAAUACAUCAGAAGGUAAACAUUGUAGAGGAGACGACAAAACUGGAAGAGGAAGGAAGGCCGACUUAUCCGUCAGUGCAAGCUCCUCCAUCCGAGCCCAUUCCGCUUGCCCCACCCACACAGACCCCCACCCAGCUGGUCACGGAGUCCAGCUCACACCAGCCACACCCGUGGACCGAUGAAUGGUUUGUGUUGUUGAGCCAAGGUGCAGCACUACGACCCUCAGACUUCUCAGCGAUGUGGCAGGAUGACUGGUUUGCUCUCCUGGACCCUCCCCGUCCUGAGCCAAUACUGCCCCCACUUCCAAAAGUCACGCCAACCCAGCAUGUUCCGGAAUAUCCAAAGGCGAGUCCUUCUACGAGUGUAGAGGAACGUACAAAACCGCUGGCUCCGGAGAGGGUACCGACAGUGGAGGAGAUAACACAGCUACAGGACGUGGAGAUAGUGGAUGGCGAUCUCCAGCGGUUUGAAAGGUUUCUGGAAGGACUUCAGUCGGCACGGAGAGAACAGAGAGACGAUUGGUUUAUCCUCAUGGAUAGAGCUCCCUCAGAAUUUACGGUCAAAGCGGAAGCCCCUCCAUCCGAGCCCAUUCCGCUUGCCCCACCCACACAGACCCCCACCCAGCUGGUCACGGAGUCCAGCUCACACCAGCCACACCCGUGGACCGAUGAAUGGUUUGUGUUGUUGAGCCAAGGUGCAGCACUACGACCCUCAGACUUCUCAGUGAGGUGGCAGGAUGACUGGUUCGUACUGCUGGACCGUGCCCAUCUUGAACCAAUACUGCCCCCACUUCCAAAAGCCGCGGUCGCCACCCCAGAGAAAUCUGGCCGUCCAAUCAGUGCCCCCGUGAUCCCACCCGCAACCCCAGGAGCGCCCACCUCCACCAUAUCUGCUGCCGCGACCAUCGGCGUGCCGGUCAAACCGGAGCCGAGGAAGGUGGAGGUGAAGCCGCUGCCACCGGCGGUGGAACCCGUGCCAGAAGUUAAGACACAGAGGGAGCAGAGAGCAGUCCGGGGGGUGACAGACACUAACGGCGAGGCAGGGCUGCAGCAGUCACCCCGGGCCGACACGGAGCACGUGCAGAUGCGGAAGAAAAGAGUGAAGAGAGUGGAGGGGGAGACGAUCUACAUCCGACACAGCAAUCUGAUGCUGGAGGACUUGGACAGAACCCAGGAGGUGAUUAUGCGACACCACGCCAGUAUCAGCGAGCUGAAGCGCAGCUUCAUGGAGGCCAUGCCUGAACCGCAGCCCAGCGAGUGGGACAAGCGGCUGUCCACGCACUCACCCUUCCGCUCAGUCAGCAUCAACGGGCAGCUGCAGCCGGGCGACGUUAGCGCUUGCAGUCCCCGCGUAGGAGAAUGUUGUGAUGAUACAUUGGGGGAAGAGUCUAGCUUCGGCAGCAUCCGAGGGGGUGCGGUCCUCAAACUGUCAGAUCACGAUGGGAGUGGGGUGGGUUCAGAACAUGAGGAGGAGGAGGAGAAAGAGGAGGCGUGGCCUAACGCUGAGGAUCCUCCCGGCUUGUGCGUCCAAGUGGAAAAGGCAACAGUGCCCUCCCCAUCACCUGAGCCGCAAGGCCCUGGCGACUGUCUCCUCCCUGGCACUGAGGAGCAGGACCACCCGCCAGAAGCUGAACCCAAUCCUCAGUGUGCUGUUGUGGGAGCCUCUCCCAUCUCCUGUUUUGUGAGCGAGGGCCCGUACCUCAUUCGCUGCUUUCAGCCUCCCCUGGUAAAGACCCAGACUGUCACCAUCUCGGAAGGCUCCACCUCCCUCCACACCGAUAUCUCCACCAUGGAGGUCCCCAUCGUCCACACACAAACCAAAACCAUCACAUACGAGUCGGCUCAGCUGGCAGAGCGUGACAGGGACUCCGACGUGCUGCUCGGGGCCCCCGGCAUCACGUCUGAGAUGGUCAGCAGCGCCACGACCACGCAGAUCAGGAAGACGGUAAAAGGAGGCGUCUCAGAGACCCGCAUUGAGAAGAGAAUAGUCAUCACUGGAGAUUCUGACAUUGACCAUAACCAGGCUCUGGCGCAGGUCAUUAAGGAAGCCAAGGAACAGCAUCCAGACAUGUCAGUCACCAAGGUGGUGGUGCACCAGCAGACGGAGGUCAGGCCCGAGUAAGGUGCAGCGCGGAGCCAGCAAGGGGCGGCAUCCAGAGGCUUGCUUCCUACGCCCCGCACGGCCGCCUGACCUCCAGCUUCCAGCCCCGCCUGCCGGAUCUCCCAGUCAGCCCCCCAGCCCCUGUGCCUUAUGCCCUGGGCUUCAUCGUCCACAGCCGCCUUUUUUGUUUCCUCUCAUCUUGUGAUCCGGGUCUCUAGCAACAGAUGUGACCCCCCCCCAGUGACCUUUUUGUACUGGCUUUGUUCUCUGGUUUGUAAACAAGUCUCUCGGCAGUGCUGCGGAUGUUUGCCCUGCUGUAGUUUUGCGGUGGUGCUUCUCCGUUAAGCUGUAGCCGGGUGUCCUGCCUCCGCUGCUCCGGUGACCUGCUUACUGUAACCAGGGUUCUGCUGCAUCUUUCACCUCUGAUUGUAACACACUGUUUAUUUUAAGCUUAAUUUGAGUGGCCUUGGGUAAGUAGAGGGGAGUUCAAGCGAAAUAACUCUAUGAAAAUGUCUAUAUUGGCUCCAUCUUUGUGCUGCGUAGACAACAUUUUAGAUAUUCUGGCUUUUAAAUAACGUUCAAGAUGACAGGUGCCUAAUUUUUAAGUAGCAGAGAAAAAAUAUUUUAUAACACGUCAGACUUUGGCCAAGUGUCUCUCCUCUUGGGGGGUGUCUCUGCCAAGAAAUCCUUCUUAAGCAAGGAGCACAUUCCGUGGUGCUUGAUUGUGUGUUUACUCAGUUAAAAAAUUGUUUUUUUAAUAGUGGCUUUUAGCUUAUCUGUGUUGUGUAAACAGCGGAAAACAAAAAUGAAAGUGAACCAGGAGACACGUUUUGAAGAUGAUGGAUCAUAUCAUCUUCAGCUUUACUUCCAAGACAGAAAUAAUCGUGGUAGAUAUGAAGUCCAGAAGAGUUUAUUCUUGUCCGCAUAUUGCUCUGCCCAACCAGAGCACCUAGUGAUGGCGGAACAAGUCUCUGUUACCCACAAUGGUGGGUUUAUCACACACCAGUAGGAAUACCUCAUCAGGUCAGCCUCCCAACCGGGCCCGUGAACAUCGAUUUCCUAGUGGACCAGUGAGACCAGCAGAUAAGUUCCCCAGUGGCUGAGAUUUGAAGUCUCGUUCAACCCAAAAAAAAAGUUUGGCACGAUCAUGACACAGCAGAAAAAGUUUGAUUUUGGAAUUUCGUUUUGCCAAGUCACUGGAACCUCGAACCAAAGCGAUUAGGCACAGUGGACUAAUUUCAGAAUUAGGUAAUACUAAUUUGAUAGCUUUUCGAAACGGCAGAUCAUGGCCCAGUAACUUUCCUCAUCAUCACUGACUUUCCCAGGCCAUGUGAAAACGUCAAAGACUGCAGUAGAUCAGUGUCAUCGCCGUCUAGUCAAAUUUCCAUCCGAAAGGUUUUAUAUUGUGGCCAGCCACGUUUAUAAAUGUCAAGAGAAUGAGAUUAGAUUAGCGUUCUCCAGAGCUUUGCGUUCGUUCUGUACUCACAAACGUAUUGAACAAGUUUGAGAAUGUUCCAGCAUUCAAUAUGGAACCACAUUGAAACAUAUCAGAAGCUCUUGUCUACAGCAGGUUUUACUGAGAAAACAUGGAAGCGAAUCAGAAGGAUCACGUUCGGUGUCACCAUCCACUGUUUGAACCCCCAGCACAACAUGGGGUUGAAUCAAAUAUUCAACCUGUAUUUCAAGCUAGCAAACAGUCGUCUGGUAUGCUGUGACUGAGCGUGGUGCACUGGUAUCGGUACAUUGUAAUUCUCUGUGACCUCGCCUGGAGCUGUUGUCAGUGACGUCCGCUGUGUUUUACACGCGGGUAACAAGAGCACAACCGUCCUGCGGGUGUUGAUGUGUUUAAAUAUUUAUUAUGAUUAUUUAUUGUCCGGAGAAGCGUCCUCAGGGUUGUGACUGCAGUAGCAGCACUGUCUUCGCAGGCUGGUGAUCUGCUCACAUGUCUGUCAGAAAUCCUCCAACCUGUGCGUCGAUUUUCAUUUGAAAUGCCUUGUAAAGUGUGUCUUCACCCCCCCCCCCCACACACAGCAGGGGCCAGCAGCAUGAUUGUCUCAAAUUGUGUCCUGGCUUUGUGUUAAAAUCAGCAAUGUUUUUAACGAUGUUUUUUUUUUUUUUAAUGCUUCAGAUCAAAGCAACGCAAUAAUUCCAUUUAUUUUCUAUGCUCUUUUGCUAAAGAAUACUGGAUAUCGCAUUUUUUACAUAUAUUUAUUUUUUUUUGACUGCCAGAAUGAAAAAAUACCAUUUGGUUUAUAUACCAUUUUCACCCCUGACUAUUGUAUAGAGUAGAUGCUUAUUUGUCUGUGGGCUUAAAUAAGAGGAGACAUUGUGAUGGCCUGUGCUGUGUGUGUGUGUGUGUGUGUGUGUGUGUGGGGGGGGGGGGGGGCAGUGUCAUCCUUUUUUUUUAUUGUUUAUUGUAACUGCAGGAAGAAAUGAGAAUAGAUUUUACAGAAUGCUUUCUGCCUGAUUGUUAUUCGAGAAACUACAAGUCUGAAAAUAAAGUUUUAAUCGUGUUUAAGACGUCA